CCUCACUUUAAAAAAAAAACAAGUUGCAAGUGCAAGCCCUUUAUUAUAGACCCAUUAUUGGUUUUUCCCAUAUAGGUAUUCCAUUUUGCUUCAAUUCUCAAAAGAGCGGUUCCAUUGUAAAAAUGAAUAUUAAUAAAUCGGUGCCUGAAACAAGUUUAGAAAUGUUAGAGGAAGAUACUAAAAAUUUUAAGUUUCCGUCUAAUUUCAAACACAUGAAGAAAUAUUUUAUUGCAAAGUUUGAGGAAGAAAUAACAAAGCCAGAAGAAGAUACAGUCAUUGACAUUAAGAAUGAAAAUUAUAUGAAGAUGUCCCCAACACUACCGUCAUGUUCUUCUUCACCAGAUAUUCCUUUAAAUUUGACAGUAAAGCCCAAAAUUCAAAAUAAUCAUAAAGCCGAAAACUUAGAAGAAAUACCGAACGUGGGGCAACCAAAAGAAAGUUCCAAUAAGUUAGAAUCGGUAUCAAAUAAACGUAAAAAGAUAAUGUGUAAAGAUUAUGCCCGAGGAAAAUGUAAGCGGGGUGUCACCUGCAUUUAUGCACAUGAAUUAGAUAUAUCACAAUUAAAUGGUGUUUACAAAUUUUGUCGAGAUUUCGCCAAUGGAAAAUGCGCUCGCAAGAGCUGCAUUUUUGUACAUGCAACCACUUUUGAAACAGAACAUUUCUAUAGAACUGGUACUUUGCCACCACAUGUACUUAACCAUUUACAGGGGACUAAUAUGACCCAGACUCCAUCGGAGUCAAUUCCCGAAAACUCCAAUCGGGGCGUAAUGGUGCCAGUAUACGCUGAAGUACCAUCCCAAUUAAGAAAUAUCCGCGGCAUUUUGAUGGUCCCGUUCGUCCAUUUACCUGACGACUUAAAUGAGACACCAUCACAAAAUGUCCAAACCAGAGGAUCGUCCACAAAUCCAACGUUAAAACGCAAGUGGUCAAAUGGAAAUGCGAACCAAUCUUAUAAUUCAAAAUAUAAAGAAAACAUGGUUGCAAAUACAGCCUCAAACUCAACUGAAAUCAACAGAAGAUUCUUACAACCGCCACCACCGCCACCAGCGGAUCCCCCAUCUAACAGCGUAAACUCAUCCAGAGAUCCGGUUCCAAAUAUACUUGAUAUAAAUAAGAUACAAUUCUCAAAGCCACCACCACCUCUACCACGGCAAUACUGGAGAGCGGCAAAACCCACCGAAAUGCCUCCUACGGGGGGCCCAACAACAUCUGAUGGCUCCGCCAGAGGGAGACAGAUAUACUAUAAGUCGACUUAUAAAGAAAAUAAUUCAGUUGCUGAUCGACCCUCGAAUACAGUAACUGAAAUUAACAGGAUGAAUUUCCUACAACCACCGCCACCACCGCCACCACCGCCACCUCCACUACCUCCACCACUACCUCCAAAUUCUCCUCCAAGAGACACUCCUUUAGACAUCAAACAGGAGUGGUAUGAUUUUGACUCGGCAACUAAAUCAAAUCCAGAAUAUCCUUCUGUUUCUGAGUUUUGCUGCAAAAAAGAGAGUAAACCUAAAAAAAUAAUGUGUAAAGAUUUUAUUCGAGGUAAAUGCACUCUUGGAGAUACCUGCAUUUUUGAACAUGCGUUAGAUUUGUCACAAUUGGAAGGCGUUUAUAAGUUUUGUCGUGAUUACAGUAAAGGAAUAUGCCAAAGAGUAUGUUGCUAUUUCGCACAUGCCUCAGCUUCGGAAACCGAAAAUUUCUUUCGAACUGGAUAUUUACCACCACAUGCAAUUAGUCAUAUACAAUGGAAUAACGUCGCUCGCGCACAUUUUUCUUCUGACAGGAAUGCUUUUACGCCUAAUGUGUACAACAAUUAUGUUCAUCCCCGUACCAAUAAUUUCAAUAAUUAAAAGUAUUUUUUUAACACUGGUACUAACAAUAUAGCCAUAUUAUAUACCAGGUGUCUACACACAUUCGUAAACUAUGCGCCUCAUUCUUUUUUUAUUAAUAAUGACC